AAAGCAGGGAAGAAGUCCUCGGGCAACAUCAACAAGAGCAGACAUGUCUGAGAUUUGUUCAUGCCGUGAGUGCAGACAUUGCUGGCAGACUGCGAAUGUAACACCGACACUGUCUUUAUUUGUGCCGUGAAAGCGCCUGGCGUCAGACUGAGUUAUGCAGAAGGAUCACAUAACCAUGGCAGCUCAACCACCCUGUCUGCCCCUGAGGGAAUUUUGCCCUCUCUACUACCUGCUCAACUCCAUCCCUGCAAAAGUCCAGAAAGGCUUCCGCUCCAUCCUCGUCUAUCUCACGGCUCUGGACAGCAGCAGUGACUACAUCGCAGUGGGCAGCAGCAUCGGCAUGCUGUACCUGUACUGCAGGAGAGUAAGCCAGAUGAACAAAUACAACUUGGAGGGGAAAAGUGAGGCUAUCACAGUAGUGAAACUGCUGAGUUGCUUUGAUGACCUGGUGGCUGUUGGUACGGCUUCAGGCCGUGUUGCGCUCUUUCAGCUGGUGUCACAGCUGCCAGGCAGGAAUAAACAGUUGAGACGCUUUGAUGUAGUCGGUCUGCACAAGAGCACAGUGACAGCAUUAGCAUGGAGCGCUAAUGGCAUGAAACUCUUCUCUGGUGAUGAUAAAGGGAAAGUAGUGUAUUCUGCUGUGGACCUGGACCAGGGUGUGUGCAACCCGGUGGUGCUGUUAGAAGAGCCGUCAGCUAUAGUUCAGCUGGAAUACAGUCAGAAAGUGCUGCUUGUUUCUACCUGUCAGCGCUCUCUCGUGUUCAACACUCAAGAACAAUUUCUCCAGCAGCUGGGCACCAAACCCAGGAAAAGCAACGGCAAGUUUGGUGCCUGUUUUCAGCCUGCUCUGUGCAAGCAGAGUGACCUUCUGGUGUACGCGGCACGGCCAGGCCUUCGUCUCUGGAGAACGGACGUGCGUGGCCGUGUCCAAGAGACACACGUACUCAAGCCGCUCUUUAACCAGGAUGUGCCUCAGUUCGAGCUCUUCCCUCGCUCGAGCCCCACCGGAGCAUAUCGGCCCACUGACAGGCAGCUGGGGCUCGUUACCUGCUUCCUCAAGGAGGGCUGGGUGCUCAGCUGGAACGAGUACAGCGUCUAUAUAGUGGACUGUACCAACCAGGUCAUUGUCGGCGGGAUGGAAAGCUGUGGAGACAUAGUGUCUGUGUCUUGCACAGAAAACGAGAUCUUCAUUUUGAAAGGAGACAGAGACAUUAUGCGUAUUUCCAACUGCCCCGAGGGAUUGAUCUCCAACAUAUCGGAUCUGUCCUACCGCCUAACCUCCCCUCUCUCCACCCCAACUAUUUUGCUCCCCGCAACUGGAGCGGUGGAAACAGCUCAGCCGAUCAGGACCGUAGCUAUCAUUGCAGAACCAGAAGAGCGGCCCAAAGCAGAGGAGUCUGAAGAGGCGCAGGAGGAGUUCAGCCAGGCACUGGAAGCACUAGAGGUGGUGGAGGAGCUUGAAGGCCAGAAGAAGACCUCGGCGGAAACACGAAGCCGCAGUAGCUCCAUCACUUCAUGGGAAAGCACACAGGGAACUUCGGAGAUGUCCUCCAGCCGCUACAGCACCAUCACACAAGAAGAUUUUCAGCAGGAGCUUGUUGUCAAACCUGUCAAGUUGAAGAGGAAGGGCAAGAGGAUAAGGCAGGAGAGUGGGAACUGUGUGAAUGAGCACAGCAGCUGGUCAGAGAGCGUGUACAGCCAGGACGGCCUGACCAGCGACGGCAUCCCCACACCUGCCAGCGAGCCACCCUCAGACCGCACUAGCCUCCUGUGCAGCAGCCUGGACCUCCACAGCAACAACUCGCCCGAUCAUGAGGGCUCUGUGUGCAUAGAACGCCUCAGCACUGACACGUUUUUAAUGCAGAACCUUCCAGAAAAACCCCAGAUUCAGGACCAGGAGAGCAGUGAGAUCCCCCUGAGCAAAGAAGCAGAUGCCAAGCCCUCAUGUCCCACAUCCCUCUGUCUACAAGACAUGAACUGCCAGGUUUACAGUGACCCUGCCAAAGCUGUGGAAAGCAAGGAGCAAACAACCAGCACGCCAGAUGUAGACAUGCUGCUGGAGUGCACUUUCUCCUACAUGCAUGCAGCUAAUGAGAAGCCUGACAUGGAGGAGCCAACUGAGUUGCGUAAUCCAGAGCUUCAGCCCAAAGAUGAUUCAGAAAGGAACUUUGAUUUGGAUUUGCCGUACUAUACCAUCAGGCCACUUCCAUAUUCCCCAGAACCAGAGCCGGAGCCGUCGCCCUCCAGUGACGAGGAGGACAUAUACACACAUGGAGUCCCAUCUAGUGCCAGCCUGGGGGACGGCCUCAGUAAUGUGGCCCUACAGAGUUCAACCGUGGAGCAGACAGAGCAGGAAGACAUGCGGCUCCACAAAACAGACCAGUUGGCCGAGAGCUGGAUGGGCUACAGUGGGCCGGGCUGUGGCAUCCUCAGCCUGGUAGUGACUGAGCGACACAUCUGGUGCCUGGACUUGAAAGGAAGCCUGUACUGCAGCAGUCUCACUAACGGCAGCCUGAGCUGGCAGAAAUAUGAAGAGAAUAUCCAGCAGGUGGCUUUGUCCCCUUCCGGCUCAUUGCUGUGGAAGGUGGAACAGAAGACCAUGACAGCCUAUGCCUGUGGUAAAGUGACCAUCAAGGGGAAAAGGCACUGGUACAAAGCCCUGGAUGAGACUUCCUUUGUGGCAUUGAGUGAUGACACAGCCUGGAUCAUACGCACCAGUGGAGAUCUUUAUCUCCAGACAGGGCUGAGCAUGGACCGGCCAUGUGCACGCUCGGUGAAGGUGGACUGCCCAUGUCCCAUGGCACAGAUAGCAGCACGGGGCAGUGUGGUGUGGGCACUGAGCGAGCAGAGGGUUCUCUUCUACAGAGAGGGACUCAGCAGCUACUGUGCAGAGGGUGAACAGUGGAAAUACGACAAAGUCAGUGAGAAUCAGCGUCUGGAGCCCCUCUGCAUUGCCCUGGGUGAGAACAACACCCUGUGGGCUCUGGACACCAGCGGUAGCCUUUGGUUCAGAACCGGGGUCACAGCUAAGAAACCCCAGGGUGAAGACGAUCACUGGUGGCAGGUGAGCAUCACAGAUUAUGUAGUGUUCGAGCAGGGCGGCCUCUUCCAGACACUGAUCCAGGCCACGCAGAGUGUCGCCACCGCCACCAAGGCUCCUGUGGAGCGGGUUGCUGAACGCUUGCGUGUGGCAUUCCUCUGGCAGCAGUCUCAGUGUCACCCAAGCCUGGUCAGUGCCAACCACAGCGGAGUGUGGAUUGCCUCAGGUCGCAACGACUUCCACGUGGCCAAAGGCAGCCUCGUUGGGACAUAUUGGAGAAGUAUUGCACCCAGAGGGCUAGCAUCUGCUACUAAGUGGGCAUUUGUGUUUUCCUCAUCAGUUCCAGCCAAAGAGGGGAGUUUUCUUUGGCUGGGUCAGAGCAGGAAAGACUUGUUCUGCAUUUGGGACCAGGACCUGCAGAUGCGUCCUCUCACUGUCCAGUUGCCUGCAGACGUGGAGAUUGUGCAGCUGUCAGCCUGCAGAGAUGCGCUGUGGGGUCUGGACCAGUACGGCCGUGUCUACAUUCGCACACUCACAGCCAACUGCCCCACCGGCCUACACUGGACACCUCUUGACCUCAGCCAGCUUGGACACGUGAGACUUCUGAGCUUUUCCUGUGGCAGUCAGAACGUGUGGGCAUGUGACGCCAAGGGCAUGGUAUAUUUCCGAGUGGGAACACAACCUCUAAACCCCAGCAUGAUGCUCCCAGCCUGGAUCUGCAUCGAGCCACCUGAGCAGCCUGCGGGUGUGCACUUGGUACGUGUUCAGACCAGUCCUAACGACCGCAUGCUGUGGGCUCUGGACAGCCGCUGUAACGUACACGUGCGCACUGGCAUUACCGAGGAGAUGCCAGUGGGGACGGCCUGGGAGCACAUUCCUGGGCUCCAGGCUAGUCAGUUAGUGCUGAGCACAAGAACUGCAUGGGUUCGCUGUCCUAAUGGUGAGAUGGCCCGACGAUACGGGAUUUCAGAAAAGAACCCGGCUGGGGACUACUGGAAGAAGGUGCCAGGCCUGGUCAACUGGCUGACGGUGACUCACAUGGAUGAGCUCUGGGCCAUUACCCCAACUGGUGCUCUGACACAGCGCCUCACCAAGACCCUGCCACACAGCACUGGCAAAAAUCACGCCAACACGGGCUCUCUCAGUGGGGAAGAACUCGAAGAGGAGUGGGAGGUGAUUUAGACAGCUGUGCUGUGUGUUCUUGUAAAAACAGUUCUGUUGAUUUUGCUAGUGGGCACUUUUUUGUUGGAUUUAUUUUGUUGUUUUUAACCUGUGUACAGAAAAGAUUGUCUUUACAGAGUGUACAGAAUUUUUGAUGGUUACGUUUUGAAGGGAAGUUUUAACAAAAAUAAUUGUUUAAUUAACUUAUUUUAACCAUGCACUAUUUAACCUUUUACCCAAAACGUCAGGAUCCGUUACCUUACAAUUUUUUUUUUUAUUAUUUAAAUGGCGAAAUGGUCCGGUCAGUACCACAAUGCACAUCAUGAGGAGUUUCUGUCACAAGCAUGUCAGUAUGAUUACAGACUCAAGAUCAGAUCCAGUUGGAUGUAAAGGGGAAAAUAUAUAAAUCAGCAUUCUAUUGCUAAACAUUUGAUGAAAAUGGGUUGUGGUUUGCGGGAAAGGGAAAGAGACUGAAGUCUGAAGUAAAAUGAAAUAUGUAAAGGGAUUGGUUGUAAAGAGCAUUAAUUGAAUACUUAACAUGAGUGAAAUCAUGUUAAUCGUCUCUUUGAUCACCAAGAUAGUGAUACAUGGCAGAAUUUGUAUGGUAAUAUAAAGUGUACAAGGUGUGUUGUACAAGUGUAAUCUUAACUUAUAUAAUGUAAAAACAUAUGUUUGCUAACCUCCAUGUGUGGUGUAUAACAUCUGUUAAUAUUAACUGUCUGCAGCUAUUCGCUUUGUGAGAGAGCACAGCUUUACGCCAGAAAAUGCCAUUCUGAAUUUCGUGAAUUGAUGAUUGAUGUAUCUAUGGCUGAUUAAGCGAAAUGGACAUAAGCCUAAUCAGUUCAGUUUAUAAUCAGAUACCAGCUGUCAGAAUGUCCACAAUGCUGUUGUGCCGCAGUCUGAAUGGACUCUUUAAGUGUGAUUUUUCUCCCUUUUCACAUUUAAGAGCAACCAGAUUUUACUUUACGGUUAAGAUGCAUGCAAAAGAGAAACAGUUCAGGAAAAUCUGUAGUUUCUACAGUACAGUACGUACUGUACGUACAGUAGGAAGUUCACCAUGUGAAGGGUUUUCGGCCACCACACAUAUUGUGAAGCAACCAGAGACAUAUCCAUGAUGCUUAAUGAACGGAAAGUCUAGCUAAACAUGUUUACAAUAACAGUACAUUGAGCUUAACGCAUUACUAGACUUUACUGUAAUUGUAAAGCCAAAAACUUAAUGUGGAUAAACAUGAAGCGUGAAGCAGAAACCCUACUGACAUAGGAGUAAAAUUACUGGGACCAAAAGUACUUAGUAGUGGAUUUGGAAUUCCACUGUGAUUAAUCUGCAUUAUUUAAAUUUUCCCAAGUUUUAACAACUGUAGAAUGUGAGAACUUCACAUGACUGGCACGGCACUUUAAGGUCUAUCACUUUAUAAUCACCAGAAGAACGUAUAACGUUGUCUUUAAGACACAAUGAAGGAGGAACUAUAUCGCUAAUAUUUACCGAAGUCUUUGCUUUCACACAAGACUCACCCAGGAAUGUAUUUAAAAAUCAAAAUCAGAAACUGGUAAUAGCUACUGAGAGCUGUUACCAGUGUUCAUUCCAUACCGUAGGGCAUAAGGCAUGCUUACAUAGUUAUUCACAUACCUGCUGUUUGUCGGUUCAGAUCAACUGUGUGCAUGAACGCUGGAAAAGGGGAUGAAGAGGUGUGUUUUUUUUGUUUUAUUAUUCUUUUCUUUGCUGUAACUUGGUUUACUUGGUUAUUAGUAGACUGAUUAGUGUUAUUGUGACAGUCUACAGCCCUCUUAUCAGCCACGUGGUUCAUAGAAACUCUCAUAGUCCAUUCUGAGUGAACUGUAAUGCUGUAUUGGCAACUUUCAUGUAACUUCAUUUAGAGAAUGCACUUUAUUAAUGAAUAAAUAUGUGUAUCAAGUGUAUCAUAAUUUAAUUUAAAAAAGCAUAUAUAAUGGUACUUUGUGUCUUUUUUUUUUUUUAAACUCGCCUCGUGACUUGUCUAAUUUUUUUUGGACCACAGACACCUCAGAAAUAUGCAAAUGAAAUAUGGUAAGUAUAUCAGCAUUGCAUUAAUAGUGUCCAUUGUUUGUGGUUGUUUUACUUUUCAUUUGUGAGAUUUUGCCUUUAAUUUGGGGCCCUCUGGGACUCUCAUGUCCUCUUUUCUUCUCCUCUUCUCCUCUGACCACAAUGCUGUUGGUGUAAAUGAACUGGGAACACUAGCACUCAUUAUAGAGCACUGAUGUUAUGCGUAUGGUAUAUUAUCACUAAUUCCAUUAAACAUGCUUUUAACUGCU